UUAACUCAUCAAUAAGACAAUCGAAUGGAUACAAGAAUCGAGCCCCAGUGCUAUCCAAAUAUUUAUAUUAGAAGAUCAAAUUUACAAAGAUGGAGAUUCAAUGGAUGAAUACUUGUAGUGCGUUGCAAGAUUUUGCGAACGUUCUUCGUUGUGGGAAAUGUGGGUCCAAACCCGUGUCUCCCGUAAGACUCACCAAUUGUGGACAUUUCUUUUGUUUCGAUUGUAUUAACUUUGCAACGAAAUGUGUUAAAUGCGACGUACCAAUACAGCCAAAGGAAAUAAAGCCUGAUCAUUUAAUAUCCAAUCUUACACAGCAUUGUGACGUUAUUGGAGAAAUUAUUCAAAAGAGGGAUAUAUGGAAUAAUGCUGCAGAUGCAUCUAAUAUGUCAUUGGACAAUACAAUUUCUACAGUACUCCAUACACCAAGGAAGCAGGAUCAUAUACCUAUGAGAAAUAUAAAUAAACCGAAUCAUAAAGGGGAAACAGCAUUACAUAUCGCAUGUUUGAAGAACAAUGCCGAACGAGUCAAACAGUUAUUGUUGGCCGGUGCGAAUCCUAAUACAAAAGAUAAUGCUGGUUGGACACCAUUGCAAGAAGCAAUUAGUUUUGGUUAUAUUAAAAUAUGUGAACUAUUACUGACUUGUGGAGCAUCGCCAGAUAUAUCAGGUCGUAAAAAUCGAAGACCUCUACACGAAGCUGUAAAAUUGAACAGAAUUGAAGAAGCUAAGUUGUUGUUGCGUCACAAUGCUGACAGAGAACAAUAUGAUCACUUUGGCAAAAAGCCUAUAGACUACUGUAAAUCAAGAGAGAUGCGAGAGCUUCUCAUGGAUUUACCACGGACCCCGUCUGAAAAGGUAUCGAACCUUAAUCAAAUGCUAGAUGUAUCUACUCGUACGUGUGACAAAUUUGUGAUCCUUGCAUCAAACUUGAAAAGUGAAAAUCAGAAAUUGCUUAGUCUUGUGGCCGCGAGACAAAAAUUCAAAAUUCUGACAACAUAUAGACCAUCUGUUACACAUGUCAUAGUAGAGACGAAUGAACAGAAUAUUACAAAAUCAACACUUGAUGUUUUAUUCACAAUUAUUUAUGGAAGUUGGCUUCUGAAUAGUGAAUGGAUUCAGCUAGCAGCAGAUAUGGAUGAGGUAGCUGAUGUAGAUCUCGAAGUGUUUGAAGUUAACGGCGCUCCCAUUUGCGGCAUCCCAAGGAAAGCAAGGCAAAACGUGGAAUGUAAAAACCCACGUUUGUUCAACAAUUGUUUCUUUUACUUUACUUUGCAAACGAAUAUGACUUACGACGUCGGUGACGUGCGAAUUACAAAGGAAGAUCUGGUGAGACUUGUGAAAGAGGGCGAAGGAACAGUGCUUACCAGAAAACCAAAUCCGGAAGACUUGGAAGAUAUGUCGCAACUGGUACCUUUUCACGCCGCAAACGACUUGUGUCAUCCUUUGCACAAGUGUACACAUUAUAUUAUAUAUGUGCCAGGUAAAGGCGAACCACCUAUCAAGUACAACAUGCCGCACAUCAAAACUCUGCCACUGAUAUGGUUAAUUGAAUGUAUCGAAAAGUUUACUCUCGUUGAUCCAGCUCACUUGGGUUUGUCCUGAGUGCUUUAAUAAUAUAUUGUAUUUUUUGUUUAAUUAUAUAUUUGAUUUUGCUAUCAUGCAAGUUUUUGUCCUCAAUGUUACUACAUAUCUUGUAUGACUUUAGCUUUGUCAUAUUAUACCAAUUUCUUUUAUUGUUAGAAAGAACCAGAUAAAGUUCACUUCUUUAACCAGGCCUCAAUGUUGUACGAAUAUGGAAUGCCUGAUUUUUCUAGUUUACGAUAUGUACUACUUUUAAGUUUCCAAAUGUUAUUUUUCGGUGACAUUCAAGAUGAAAUAAAAUUACAUUCUCUUAUGUUAUUAUAGUAUCAAUAUUUUUUAAGGUUUCUAUUCUUUGUCACCCCAGAUAGCACAGAGAAUUCGAAAAGAAUUCUUUCUGAAGAAUUAUAAGAUAAAUUCUUUUUUUAUUCCGUUUCUGUUUUAAAAAUAGUUGAGAGUUCAAAAAGAAUUCGUUUAUACCGUCACUAAUUCUGAGUUCUUUCUCGGACGUAAAAGAAUUUUUUUCUAUAUAAAUUCGUAUUGAAAUAAAAUGCUUUUCGAGUUUAUUUUGAACAAUUCAUAAAGAAUGUAAAAAUGAAUCCUCUUUGAGUUCGAUCACCUGUGCUGUUUGGAAGGAAUUACUCUCGAAGAGGAUUUUACAUGCUUUAUGUAAGUUGAAAAAGGGACAAGCAAACAUUACGUAAAUAUAUAAAAUAAAGUUUUUGAUAAAAUA